AUGCCGAGAGGCGCGAGGUCCGCGUCCCUGUCCGCGGCGUACUUGCUGGGCAUCGUCGCGACCGAGCUGGUUGUCUUCGACUGCGGGCCGCUGCACCUGGCGCACGGCUUCUACUCGGCGUCGCUGCCCUCGCUGGUGCAGUGGCCUCACGCCCUGCGGGACUCUCUGGCGGGCUGCUCCGCCUGCUGUGGGCUGGGCGGGACCCUGGGCGCCGCGGCGCGGCCUGGCGGUGGUCACUGGCGGCGGCGGCCCUGCUCGCGGCACCAGGCCUGCUCAGCUUCGGCGGUGCCGUCCUGUGCGCGGCUGCCUUCCUGGACGCGUUCUCCUCUGGCAGGCGAGCGGCGGCAGCGCUCCACCUCGCGCAGGUCCGCCGCUGGCACGCCCUGA